GUCAUUUUCCCGUCUUGGUAGCCGGCAUCUUUUGUGAAUGCCACUAAGCAUCAUACAAUAUCCGAUGCCACACAUAACUGGGAUUUCUCAAUUAAACUAUUAUAAGUUCCGAUAAAUUAAUGUGCCUUAAGAUAAAAGAGAACAUAGAUUGAAAAGAAGAUAAAGCAAAAAGAAAGAAGGCACAUUGGAAAUAGGAAAGAAAGAAGAUUACGAUAGUGCAUCUCCCGAAAACAGUUGACCCUCUGAGACACAGACACCCCACCCUCGUUCCUCAUAUCGCAAACCACCGCCACCACAAGCCUCGCGAAUUCACAUUAAAUUAUUCUCAAACUCAAACUCAACUCGAAUUCCCUCCCCCAAAGCGAUGUCGUUCGAGGUGGAGGAGGAGGAGGCGUUCGAGCACACGCUCCUGGUCGUGCGCGAGGUCUCAGUCUACAAGAUCCCGCCGCGCACCACCUCCGGCGGUUACAAGUGCGGCGAGUGGCUCCAGUCCGACAAGAUCUGGUCCGGCCGGAUCCGCGUCGUGUCGCGCCGCGACCGCUGCGAGAUCCGCCUCGAGGAUCCGAACUCCGGCGAGCUCUUCGCCGCGUGCUUCGUCUACCCCGGCCAGCGCGAAAACGCUGUGGAGCCGGUCCUCGACUCCUCGCGCUACUUCGUCCUCAAGAUCGAGGACGGCCAAGGCAAGCACGCCUUCAUCGGGUUAGGGUUCAAUGAGAGGAACGAGGCGUUCGAUUUCAACGUCGCGCUCUCCGAUCACGAGAAGUACGUCCGGAGAGAGCACGAGAAGGAAGCCGGCGACUCCAACGCCGCCGAGGAGUCGCAGAUCGACAUUCACCCCGCCGUCAAUCACCGGCUCAAGGAAGGGGAAACCAUUAGGAUUAAUGUGAAGCACAAGGUAUCUGGUGGAACUGGUAUGCUUUCAGCUGCUGGCCUAACCGGUGGACAUGCUGCAACACCUAAGCCAAAAACCGUGAGUCUUGCUCCCCCACCAAGUGGGGCAGGGAAAAUCAGAUCUCCUCUUCCACCCCCACCAAAUGAUCCUGUUGCUGCUCGGAUUGCAUCCACCGGUCGCCCUUCUGGUCCCAAAGGGACAUAUGAAAGUGUGAAGCACUCUACUGACUCUUUAUCAGAUCUUUCUCAACUACAGAAGAAUCUUCCCUCAACAAACACCUCAGGAUCGACUACAGCUUCAGGAUGGGCAGCUUUCUGAUUAUAUAUAAUAUAUAUGAGCAUUUUAACAAUGAGGCUUUUAUUAUUCUGAUUUUUUUGGUUCUUUAUUUUGAGAAAAGAAACAGUGGAACAACAUGCAGAAAGAGGUGUGUCGUAAGUAAUGGUAGCAAAACAUACCAAAGUAAUUCGAUCUCUCGAGAAAUAUCCUGGAAAUAUUUAUGUUUUUUUUUGUCUGUAAUAACAGUUUUCUCAUAUCCCUAUAAAAAGAAUUACCCCAAUUUCCUGCCCCCGAAACGAACUUCCUUUGA